GCCCCGGACGGACAGGAACAGUCAGCUGGUUCCCGGAGACCCUCCGGAGCACAACAAGUGAGCUGGGGCACUAAUGUCUAACAGAGGAGUUUAAGCAUGAGGACGCGGGACCGGGACGACACGACACGGCCGCAAGUUGACGGGCCUGAAUGAAGAGUCCACCGCGUCGUUGUCACACCUCAUGAACGGAAUAGUUGUAUUGUCCUAGCUCGCUGGCUAACGUUAGCUAUUUGUCCUGAGAGUAGACCGACAUGGCCACUGUGUCUCUGCGGCAGAAAUACCGUCGCCCGCCGGCGAAGCAGGGGCAGGACGACGACUCGGACCCGGAGGAGACACACCUGGGGCUGCGGAGGAUGGACGGCCUGGAGACUCAGAUCAUCCACAGCGGACACUUCAUGGUGUCGUCGCCCCACAUCGAGCACCCGCCGAAGAAAGGCUACGACUUCGACACGGUCAACAAACAGACCUGUCAGACGUAUCACUUCGGGAAGGCGAGCAUGUCGCACUUCUCCAUAGACGCUUCUCUCACCAAGCUGUUCGAGUGCAUGACCCUGGCCUACAGUGGUAAGUUGGUUUCUCCAAAGUGGAAGAACUUCAAAGGUCUAAAGCUGCUGUGGAGAGACAAGAUCCGCCUCAACAACGCCAUAUGGAGAGCCUGGUAUAUGCAGUAUGUUGAGAAGAGGGAGAAUCCUGUUUGUCACUUUGUGACUCCCCUGGAUGGAAGUAUGGAACUGGAUGUCCAUCGUCCUGCAGAGGCCAAUGCCACAGAAGGGAAGUGUUGGAAAAGAAGAAUUGAAAUUGUGAUAAGGGAGUAUCACAAGUGGAGGACAUACUUCAAGAAAAGGUUGCAGAAGCACAAGGAUGAUGACCUCUCAAGCUUGCUCAAGGGGCCAGAGGAGCAGUUAUCGCUGUUUGGGGAAGUCUCUCCAGACAUGCUCCGUGUCUCCUUUUAUCAGGAUGAAGAGGCCUUUGCCCGCCGCUUGCCUCGUAAGCACAUGGACACACCCGCACCCAUGGAGAUGGACACCCUCUUUGACAUGGAUGUUCUGAUGUCUGAGUUUUCAGACACGUUGUUCUCUACGUUGGCCUCGCACCAGCCCCUGGCCUGGCCCAAUCCAAGGGAGAUCGCCCAUGCAGGGAACGCAGACAUGAUCCAACCAGGACUGAUCCCCUUACAGCCCAACCUAGACUUCAUGGACUCAUUCGAUCCACUGCAAGACUUAUUUCACAGCCUCCGUCAGCCCGUCUUCCCCUCUGUUUCCCCCACUGCAUCAUCUGUUACCCCUCUAUCCAGCAGCAGUUCUCAGUCACAGGCCCAGUUAAUGUCCUCCAUGCAGCUUGCAACCAACAACAUCUCCCCUCCUGGACCCCUGCCCCUCCCCUCUCCCAUGGUUAGUCAAACCAGUCGAGCAGGUGGUUGUGGCGGUGAUGCUACCUACGUUCAAAACUACAUGCCCCUGUUUCCUGGGCAGGUGGAGCCCAGCGAUCAAGCAAUAGUUUCUUCUGUCUCUCAGCAAUUAUCCCAUGCUCCUCUGGCACAGUGCCUACCCGGUCAGGGCAUGGCCUCAGAGCAGCCCAUGGUCCCCUCCCCCUUGGACAACACCUCUGUGCUGGAUGAGGCUGUGUCGUCCUCUGUGAUCACACACAUAGCCCCCUCUGUUGUCACGCCCAGCAACGGAGCCUCCACCAUCAGCCACGGCUCAGAGUAUGGCUCCAUAUCCACACAAUCUCCACCUCCUCCGUCCCAGCUCCAGCCGUUGGCUCCGUUGCCUGCCACUCCUGUGCAGCACCCUCAGACUUUUGCCCUGCCUCGCCCCUUUCAGUCAUCCAGUGCCAACAAAGUCCGCCCUGUGCAAAGGAUUGCUCCGGCCAGCACCCUCCCCCCUCCCCACCUCGUCUUCACAGCCCCUUUCUCAGGUCAUGCCAACGCUAUGAUUGUCACACCAAGCCCUCUGAAAGCAGAUGUGGUCCCUAAUACUGGAGUAGUCAUCGCUUCUUCUCAUCUAGGAGGGGCUCCUGGAUUUCACGUUGUGUCUCAGAUGCAGAAGUCUCCCCAACCGAUUGUUCCCAAACAACAGUCUUGUUCUUCCAAAAAUCAGGAAGUCUCCUCUAGUGCUGUUCACAGUCAGCCAGGACCAGGUCAAGGGACAUCAUGUGUGUUGGAUCAAGUUCCGAGUCCCCAGUCACUUAUCACCAGCAGAACAGGGCUGGUGAAGAACGAACAAAAUCAGAGCCGGAGGACAACACACAUAUCUGCUGAGCAAAAGAGACGAUCAAACAUUAACAUUGGCUUUAAAACACUCUGCAGCCUGGUUCCCACUCUGAAGAUGCAAUCAUAUAUCAGUAAUGCAGUCACAUUGCAGAAGACGGUGGAACACGUUGGGAAGCUCCAGCAGGAGAGACAGCAGCUGCAGGAAGAGGUCAGGAGACUACGAGAGGAGAUAGAGGAGCUUGACACGUCCAUUAGCCUUUGUCAGAAGCAGCUGCCUGAAACAGGGGUGCCAGUCAAGCGGCAUCAACUGAGCCACAUGCAGGAAAAGUUCAAUGAAUAUGUGAAGAGCCGCACUCUUCAGAACUGGAAGUUCUGGAUCUUCAGCAUCAUUAUCAAGCCUCUCUUUGAGUCAUUCAAUGAGAUGGUGUCAACUGCAAGCAGAGCAGAGCUGUAUCAGACCACAAUGCAAUGGCUGGAUCGUCACUGUUUGCUUCCGGCUCUCAGACCUAUGGUGCUGAAUACCCUUCGCCAUCUGAGCAAAACAACGACCAUCCUCAGUGAUCCGUCCCUGUUGCCUGAAAAAGCCAUGCAGGCGGUCACAGAAAGAGAUGUGUAGCUUUCUCUCAGAGGAGGUGAGGUGACCUACAAUCCACCUGAACUGUUUCAACAGCCGUCACCACGUCUUCCGCCGAUCCACGACUUCCCGCGAUAGAAGCGGGCCAGCUCUGAAAUACUUUUCCCGGCUCCUGGGAUUGGUUUCUACAUUUGUUCUGUUGUACGUUGAUUCUUGGGAAUCACUCACGCAGGAGCCGUGCUUUCAACAUCACUUUCGUAAAAAACUGUGGCUUUAAUUACAUUGUAUUUGAAAGAUGGCAUCAACAACUUCUUUCACCUACUUCAGGUGAAGAGCUUCUAAAUACUCUAACGGAAGAUGGUACUUGUGGUUUUGCUUUUUUGAACAAUAGUAUAUUUCAAAAUUUUAAUUAUUUUAUUAUGCGCAGAUAAAGCAUUGAAUUAAAAAGGGAAAUUUUGAGUGA